AUGAAAUUUGGAUUUAUCAAAAAGUUAAAGAAUAUAAUUAAGACAGCAGGAAAGAAAAUAGCAGGAAUAGGAGGGAAGUUAUAUAAAACAACAGGUAAUAUAACAACUAAAUUAAUUCCUAUUUCAAAAGGAAUAGCAUCAUUUCUUCCAGGUGGUGAAACAAUAGGAAAAUUAUUAGAAAGAAUACCAAAAUGGUAUGAAACAAAUGGAAAAGCACUCACAGAAAUUAGUGAAGGAAAGAAAAUAAAAGAUGUUAUUAAAGAUUAUGGAAAAACACUUUAUAAUGAUGUUCUUUUAAAUAAAAAGAAUUUAUCAGCACUAUCACCUUAUGAACAAGAAAAACUAACACAAUAA